AUGGUCCAUGAUGAUGUGGCCGAUGAUGAUGUGGCCGACGAUGAUGUGACCCUCGGUGGUGCGACCUACGAUGAUGUUACUCAUGACGACGCAACCCAGUACGAUGCGCCGUAUUUUCGAGGCUUGCCAUCCAAUCGCUGGGAAGUUGGGCCAGAAAUCUCCAGAGACCAAGUAGCAAGCAUUUUAUCCGAGGCAGCAUAUUCGUUUCCGGUCAGACAUGUCACGGGUGUUGUGAGGUAUGAUGGGGCACAGGUAGCCUCCAACAUCCCAUGUGAAGACCAGUUCAUUCAUGACAAGUUUCCAUCACCGUGGAAUGAUGGCAACUACUGGAUGACCUGGGGUAUCUUUGACGGUCACAUGGGCUGCCAAACAGUCGUGUUUCUGAGGGAAAUCCUAUUGCCUUUUGUUCGGCACAGCUUGUGUCAGCUGAGGCCCCGUUCAGGCGAGGAAAUAGUACCUGAGGAACUGGUUCAAGACGCAAUCAUGCAAGGAUUCGUGAAGCUCGACGAUUCGAUUAUCAAAGAAGCCUACUAUAUGUGCCAGAGGGAAGAGACGUUGCCAGUGAAGGUGAAGAAAUUGGCUCCCGCAUUCAGUGGUUCAUGUGCAUUGCUAUCUACCUGUUACAACGGCAGUGAGGUUGCUAGGAUACUCAAUGAGCAUCCCGGUGAAGAAUACAUCGUUGGCAAUGGACGUGUAUUAGGUCUUGGAGUGUCACGGGCUUUUGGUGAUUGUCAAUGGAAGUGGCCUAUCGACUUCCAGAAGGAAGUGCAACAGCGGUUUUAUGGCCCAGUACCUACUCGGGCUGUUCAAACACCCCCGUAUCUGACGGCUGAGCCUAUUGUCACAAGCACCAAGAUUGACCCCGAAAGCCCUUCCUUCCUUAUCAUGGCAACGGACGGCUUAUGGGGUUUGGUCUCCAGUGAGCAGGCAGUCAACCUGGUAGGGCGAUGGUUGGAAUCGGGAGCACCCGGGAAGGGCACUGACCCCGAGCCAACCUAUGAACCGUUCGACUUUGGUCCAUUCUGGAAGGACAUGGAUUGGAAGUUUGUGGAGGAGAGAGAAACAGUCCAGGAUGACAAUGCCGCCGUGCAUCUACUGCGUAAUGCUCUUGGAGGAAAUCACCACGAGAUGAUAGCAGGCCGUCUUGCCUUCGACCACCCAUCCUCGCGGCGUGUACUAGACGAUAUGGCUGUGCAGGUGGUUUUCUUUAACAACGACGGCAUUGAGAGUAAGAUCAUCUCAAGUGAUACUUGA